AUGAGGCGUGUGCUGCUUGUAAUUCUUUUGCACGUGUUGUGUUCUAUGCAAAAAUGUCUAUCUUUUGGACUAGGAUAUCGAGGAUCCAUUAAGAAUGCCUCAGACGCAAGUGCACUAAACAUCCAAGUGGAAAAGGAUGAGAAAAAAAUAUGUCAAAAUGCAUUUGCAUACAUAAAUGUAAAUGAGUUAUUUUCAGAAAAAGAACAAGAAUAUUAUGUGCAAGAAUGUGAAGAAAUGUUAGGUAGUAUAAAACGUGGAACUUCAGAUAAUUCAGAAACACCUGAACUUAAUGAAUUUUUACUAGUCUUACUUCACAUGCGUUCACAAUAUGUAAUAAUAAAUGAAUCAGACAAAGUAGCUCUUAGCAAUAUGCUGAGAAGUAUAAAUGGAUCCUUAAGUGAAGAUGAAGCAAUGGACAAAGCUAAACAUUUAAUCUUAUAUAAUAAAUUUUUAAGCGAUAGAACAAAUGUAAAAAAUAUACAAGAAAUGUUAGUGUUAAGCAGCAAAAAUGAAGAAUAUAUGAAUGCAGCAAAAAUGAAAAUGCUGAAUAAGAUAGAGGAAGAAUUUGAAUUAUAUAAUGAUUAUCUAGUUAAUAAUGAAGGAAGUGUAAAUGUUGCAGAGAAGCAUUCCUCUGAAACAUUUCUUAACAUCAAAAAGGAAAAAUUGUGCUCCAAUUAUAUUCAAUUAUGUCAAAAAUUUUAUGAACAAUCAAUAAUUUAUUACAGAUUAAAAGUAAUAUUUAAAAAUUUAAUUAAUUAUGUGGAUCAAAAUUCAAAGAAUUUUAAAAAAGAAAAACUGUUAGCACUGUUAAAUAUGGAUUAUAAUGCGAAUGAACCAACACAAGCUCAAAAGAGUUAUAUACUAGAAGACGAAACUGUUAUACCAUCUCUGAAAUUUUCUAAUAAACAUAAUGAAGACAAAUUAAUUGUUGAUGUCAUGCAAGAUGGAAAUAGCAAACUUAUGCACCCUAGGGAUAUACAAAAAGCAGAAAUCAGUGAACGCUAUAGUCUAACUAUUAAAAACAUUAGAAUGCAGAUUAAUGAUGAUGAGUCAUAUUCUGAUUUGAUGAAGACAAUUAAGAAUUAUGUUCUCUCUAUUACACAGAUCGACAAUGACAUUUCGAAUCUUGUUCGGGAGCUGGAUCACGAGGAUGUGGAGAAGUUCCUUAUUGAUCUGAACUUUUUCCUAUAUUAUGGAUUCUUAAAAAUAGAAGAAGACAAGAACAUGAUUAUGUUCAAUGAUAUAAUUCCAACCUUUACAAAUUUGUAUAGAUCCAAUCAAAUUCUUUUCUUAUAUUUACUAAAAACAGGAUUUGAGGAAGAAAAGAAUUCAGAGUAUUUAGCGUACAAAUUUUAUAAAAACUUAGACUUUAAGAAAAUUCCAAAUGAUAAGGCUUAUGCAUACUUCAACAAAAAAGAUGAACUUACACAUUUGCCAAUAAUUUCUACAGAAGUAUUGAAUGAACACUUUUUAUCUAUCUUCCCGAGUAUCCCAGAGAAUUUCGAAAUUCAGCCUUCUGAGAUAUCCAAGUAUCAGUUUUUCUUCACCACAUCCUUUAAAAAUUGCAACAUUAAUCAAAACUACUCUGACGUGUCGAAAGGAUUAUGGAGUGAACUCCUCUACGCAUUUGAUCAUUUUGGAUGGUUUUAUAUUCAUCCCCAUAAUGUCAUUUCGAGUCUUUCCAAAACGAGUUUCGUUAGACAAAUGCUGAUCAGCAGAAAUUUCAUUUUGAGACAUACAGAAGCACUAAUCCUUUUGGAUACACAAGUUUCAAAACUAAUGGAUCUGAUACACUUAUCCCUAGAAAUGGACAAAUCAAUACACGCAUUGAAUUUCUCAAUUCCCAACAGAUUUUUCAUCUAUGAAAAUGAUUACAAUUCACUAAAAGGAGAAGAUAAAAAUAGACUUUUAUUUACUUAUGACUACAUUGAUUCCAUUGCAAACAAUUAUUUCUUCUUUAAUGAAACAAAACAUCCAGUUUUUAAUAAUGAAUAUGACAACACAUUUUAUAUGAAUUUACCCAAUGUGUAUAGUCUUGCUUAUCAGCUGUUUAAUGAGCUAGCCAUCAACAUGAAUGUUGUUACUAAUUCACCAUUGAAGAAGAAACUAAAAGAUAAGUCCAAAUAUGCUUACUUUACCUUGAUUAACAUCAUUGGGAAGAAUCAUGAUGUUUAUUCUAAGGGACCUCGAUUGGUGUAUGCAGCUUAUAUGUUGGCUUUAGUGUACUACAUCGAAUCACACAUUGACAUAUCUAGAUACCAACCAAAGGAGUACUUUUUGAUGAAGCAUUCAUUGCCCUUGAUUGACAACAUGAAUAAGGAAUGGUUCACGAUGCUUAAAAAGAGAUGUGAUUCGCUAGUAAAUUUCAUGAAAAUUAAUAAAACUACAGUGAAAUAUCAGCAAACCAAUAUGGAAGAAUAUAUUAAGUUAUUGAAUUUGACUACCAUAAUUUUGUGGGGAAAAGAGAGUAAGAAAUCUGUUUUCUAUGAUCCAGAUGUAAGUUUGUACAAGAAGUUGAUGAUUGCCUGCGUGUUCAAUGGGGGAAAAACGAUUCAGGAGAAGGUUAUAGAAAACAUUAACAAAUCAUGUGAUGUAAAGUUCUACGGGCUGAACCCACACAAGCUCGACGAAUUCAUCGAUAUCAAUAUGAGUGCGAAAAAAUGGAAUCCACUGAUGCUGGAAAAGAUGACCCAAUCUUUUGUCUUAAGUUGUAAACUUCAGAAAAUGAUGUAUGAUUCUAUUAAUGUAGAAAAAAUUGGUCUGGAUAGCUUUUAUAAGCUUGCUGAUGCUCCUGAAAUGAUAAAAACAUAUCACUGCUUCAAGUUAGGGAGACAAGCUGUAUCUUUAUUAGAAUCCAUUAUAUUGAAAAAGAAAUUUGUCAGGUUCCGUGUUAGUGAUGCCAUGGAUGUGUAUGACUUCUUUUAUGUGAAAAAAGUACUAUCCCAAAAUGUCAGAAGUGAAUAUGAGGAGUUUUUAAAAGACAAAAAAGCCUUCGAGACUAAGCAGAAUAAUGAAAUCAUAAAAGGUAGCCCCCUUGGUGAGGAAAAGACCAGGAAAUUGAUUGACAAUCACCAGUGUUACUGGUUCAGCAGCUAUGAAAAUUUCAAGAUCUUGUGGAUGCACGUUUCAAGUAAUAUGGGAACUGGAACAUAUCUAAAGAAUUUCUUCUCAGAAAUAUGGAACAAUCUCCAGUUUAUAUUCAAAAACAAGACAACCGUGAAGGAUGUGGAGUUUUUCUCAGGAGAAAUAGCAGAAAUGAAACUUAUAGACUACUACUCACCUCUAGUUCACUCUGAAUCUUUCUGUCAAGAAAAAAUGCAAUCUUUGUUUUUAUCACUAAGAGAUAGCGAAGAUUAUAAUCGUGUAGAUAUACCUUACAAAAUUAAAGAAGAAUAUUUUCAAUGUAAACUUAAUUACUAUAAAAAUAAUCAUUCAGACCCAACUCAUAUAAUAAAACCAGGAGAUUUCUUAGACAAUAAAGUAUAUGUUUUAAAGCAGCCAUAUUAUUUAAUUGAGAACAUUGAUAACAAUCAUGAGAUGAAACUUGUUAGAUUAUUUGUGACAGAAAAUACAUUAGAUUAUUUACUUCUUGAUGAUAUAAACAUUCCUGAAUGUUUUGGACGUUGCACACUUGAUCAUUUUAACAAAGUUAUUUUAAGAAAUAGUAAAGCGAAAAAAAAUGAUACAGUCAUAGAUAAUUCUUUAAUUCCAGAAAAUUCAGCUUCACUGAAAAGAAAAGAAUUAACUAUAUAUGUAAAUUAUGUAUAUAUUCAUAAUUUAAAACACGACCACUUCACUAAUGAAGAAAUAACCCUGAGAGAUUUUAAAGAAAAUAAUGUAAGAGUUUGUUUAGGCAUGGGUACAUAUUUUAAAAAGAAUUUUCUCACAGAACAACACUUUAACUUGACUCACAGGCCAGUCUUUCAUUUCACUGGAGAACAUAAUUUUAAAGUAUUUUUAAAAAAAAAUGCAUCAAAGGUGCCCAAAAAUGAGGACGACAUUUGUUAUGUCAACUACGACUUGGUCAGCACCAAUAUAGACAUCUCUGAUCCGUACCGAGAAAUCAGCGAAGAUUUGAUAAAAAAUUUGUACAUCUUAAAAGGUAAAUAA